AUGUUGCUCAACAAAAUUUCUUCAUUUUCUAAUUCCCGUUUAAAUAUCAAAAACAUUUUCUCUUUUAAAAAUUUAUCAUCAACUGUUAUUUCGAGUAAAGCAUUUUCACAUCAACCAAAUGUAAAAUCAAAUAUUAUUGAUUCUGGAUAUAAAUUAACUACUUUACCUUCUGGUUUUCGUGUUGCCUCAGAAACUUUGAAAAUGUCGACAGCAACGGUAGGAGUUUGGAUAGAUGCUGGUAGCCGUUAUGAAGAUGAAAAUAACAGCGGAGUUGCUCAUUUUCUUGAACAUAUGGCUUUUAAGGGAACAAAGAAAAGAACUCAACACCAACUAGAAUUGGAAGUAGAGGAUAUGGGGGCACAUUUAAAUGCUUACACAUCAAGAGAACAUACAGUUUAUUACGCAAAAUGUUUGUCUUCUGAUUUGGAGAAAUCUGUCGAAAUCCUUUCUGAUAUUUUAUUGAGAAGUGUUUAUGACGAAGGGGCAAUUUAUCGAGAACAACAAGUAAUUCUUAGAGAGGCUGAAUCGAUUGAACAAAAUGUACAAGAAGUUGUUUUUGAUCAUUUACAUGCGAUUGCUUUUGCUGAAUCGCCUCUUGAAAGAACGAUUUUGGGAACUAACCAAAAUAUUAAAAAUAUGACAAGAGAUCAUUUAAUUGAAUAUGUCAAAAAAUAUUACAAGGGCCCAAGAAUGGUAUUAACCGCUGCAGGGGGAGUUGACCACGAUUAUUUGGUGGAGCUUGGAAAAAAAUAUUUUGGGAAUAUAGAAAGAGGGGAUGAACAUGUACUUGAUUAUGAACGGGGGACUCUUAAACAAUCAACAAAAUGUAUUGAAAAUCCUGAAAUGAAAAUGACUUAUGGAACUUUGGCUGUAGAGGGAACAAGUUGGACUAAUCCUGAUAAUGUUGCUAUACAAGUCGCGAAUACUAUGAUUGGACAAUAUGACAGAACUCAAAGUAUUGGUAUACUUGGAAGUUCAACUCUAGCAAGUUCACUUGGUCAUGAUUCUGGUACUUCUUAUAAAGACGUUGGUCUAACUGGCAUUUAUUUUUGUGCCGAGCCCCGUGCACUAGAAAAUCUUGUUAAAUGUGUUUGUAAUGAAUGGAGGUCAUUGUCCGGUGAUAUAAAUGUUGAUAGUUUAGAGAGGGCAAAAUCUUCUUUGUUAACAAAUUGUGCGUUAAUUUUGGAUGGAUCAACAGCCGUUUGUGAGGAUAUUGGAAGGCAAAUUUUAAUUUAUGGUAAAAGAUUGAAUGUUGAAGAAUUGGCCGAAGAAAUAAAUGCAGUCACACCCGAUACAAUUAGAUCAAUUGGUGAACGCUAUUAUUUGAACAAACCGUUUUCAUAUGUUGUUGUUGGAAACACCCGUAAUUGGCCAAGUGGACUCAAAAUUAAAAAGAUGCUGAGCAAGCCAUAAAAUUUUUAUUUAAUCUUGCAAUUUUGAUCGUUAGAGUUUUGUUUUAAUUAUAAAUUUAUUUUUAAAAAUUUUAAUGAAUCCACUCUUUUGGACUUGCUGUCGGGUUAGAAAAUUUCUUUUUGUCAUUUUUUAACUUUAGACGAUUUUUGUUGUGUUUUUCUUUUAAUUUAGAUUUAAGGAAAUCAGAGGAAAGACAAGGUUGUUGGACAUUAGAGUCUGAGGUUUUUCAGCUUAUUAGUGUUUUAAAUUUUGUUAGAGAGGAGCGAGAAAAUUACAGAAUAACUUUAAAUUCUAUAAACGACCCAGGGAACCGAAAAAAUUUUGAUUUAAUUAAACAGCCAAAAGGUUAAUUCAAUUGUUGUCAGUUAGUAAGUAGAAGAAUUUGGAGGAAAUGAGUCUGUUAUAAAGAGAUAAGAAAGCCGACUUAACCUAAGAUUUCGAAAUUUUUCACCUGAUUAGCUGUUCCGUAACGUUUCCUGGUGUUUUGAAGGUAUUUUUUACUUUUAACUGAACAAUUAAAGAACAAAAUAUCGGGGCGCAUUCUUUUAAGGAAUUUUGUUAG